AAAUCAAAAUAAAACAAAGUAAAAUUGCUUGAUCUCCACCCAUUCCAAUUUCCGAAAGAGCCAUAGAUUUUCAACCCAAUCCACGCGAAAAAACAAAAAUCAACCGGAUGUACCCCGUAUCUCAAAUCAACAAAGCUCGCACUCUCUGUACAUGUGCUCCAUCUAAACUCCAUAAAAAUGCCACAAAUCUUGUGACCCCUAAAUUCCAUCAAUUUCUUCGCAUCUUCAAAUUCUACUAAAUGCUAAAAACUAGUCAAGAAUUCCUCUGCUUUUAGCAAAACAAUCACAUUAUCUGAUUACUGAAUUUCACUUACAUGAUGGGUGGAUUACAAUUUUGUUUAAAAUUAGGAGGAAUCAAACUUAUAGCAUUCAUGCCCUAUUUAUCACCCACCCAUUUCCCAAAAAAGGCAAUUUCUUUUUCAUUUUCACCUCCUCAAAACCCAAUUGCAGCAUAUACAAGAAAGUUCCCAAAUUUAAAGGUUGAUCAUCAAAGAAUUAUGGUGUUUUCUUCAGCUGCAGGAGAGAGAAUUGGAAGUGAGUGUGAUAAUAUUCAAACUUCACCUGGUGAAAAUGGAGGUGGGUUUUUACAGUUAUCAGAUGAACAGUUGAUGAGUCAAUGUGUAAUGGAGACUUUUAAGUCUUCUGGACCAGGUGGGCAGCAUAGAAACAAAAGAGAAACUGCUGUUCGUCUUAAGCAUCUUCCUACUGGUGUUAUUGCUCAGGCUGCUGAGGAUCGAUCACAGCAUAAGAAUCGUGCCUCGGCAUUAGGGCGGCUUCGAGCUCUUUUGGCUCUUAAAGUAAGAAGAUCUGUUGAUCUCAAUGCUUAUUCUCCUCCGCCAGAGCUUCUUCAAAUUCUUCCCACGAAAUCUACUAUUAGAGGAUCAGAAUGUGGUCCACAAAUUAAAUCCAAUAAUACAAAAUUUGUUGAGGGAAUGCAAGCAUUACUAGAUCUAAUCUUUGCAGUUGAAGGUUCCAUAGCAGAUGCUUCUAAGUACUUGGGGAUGAGCACAGGGGCUCUGUCACGGCUCAUUCUCUCUGAUGACAACCUUCGUGGGGCAGUUAAUGAGUUAAGAGCAUUGAAGGGAAUGAAGCCACUCAAGUAAAUAUCACUUUUGACUUUCUGAGGUUGGACCGCAUCAGGUGUUUGAUGCUUCUUCUAGUGCUCGAUGCUAAAAUAACCUCAGCUGGAUCACAAUGCAUAAACCCCAAAGUGGUUCUUCAUUGCUGAAAGACCAUGAACUAGAUAUUGCUGGCACCUGAUCAAAUAUGGUUGGACUAGUGUGUAAUUGCUAGAACCUGUAUAUUCAUCAGGGGACAAGUGAAAGAUUCGACCAUCUAGUGCAUAUAAAUGUUCGUGAACAUCGCUUCGUGUCUUAAACCUCCUAGAAGCAAGGAUGAGUACAGAUCAUUGCCCUCGCUUCAGUUUCAAGUAUAUCACUUUCUGCUCAGUUCUCUCCCUAAGUUAUUUACACCCUUCAAUAACUACUAGUUUUAAUUAUAUGCUCAUAUGUAAAAUUCGACUGAAAGUUUUCUCCAUGAAAUUUGAGGAGAUCGCUUGUUGGAAGAACUAACAGCAGGAUACUUGGAAACACAAUUUCGGAAGCUUCAUAUAGGAGUCAAUGAAACAAUUCAAUUGAUCAAAUUGUAUCUGAAUUUGGGAACUUGGGAUUAUAAACUUUCUCUCAAUAUAAUCAUUUUGAUGCCUGAAACGGAUUCUUCAA